CAAAAUAAUUAUGGAUAUUUAUGUUCACUUCAACCCUAUUUCUCGUCUCAUUCUUCACUUCAUGUUCUUGUUAAUGCUGGCUUUUUCAUGCCUAAACACCAGUACUACUGUUGAGUCAUGCAUGGAGGAAGAGAGACGGGCACUUCUCAUCUUUAAACAAGACCUUAAUGAUUCUUCUGGAAGGCUCUCUUCUUGGGUGGGUCAUCAAUGCUGCUUGUGGAGAGGGAUUACGUGCAACAACCGCACUAGUCGUGUUGUCAGUCUUGAUCUCCGCAAUCCAUAUGCAGUCAUUCUGUAUGAUAAUGAUUGGAACUUCACUCAAUAUGACGAAUCUUGUUUGAGGGGUAAGUUAAAUCCUUCUUUACUUGUCUUGAAACAUUUGAGGUACUUAGACCUAAGUGGAAAUAAUUUUCAAGAGAUUCACAUUCCUAGCUUUUUUGGGGAGCUAACAACCUUGAGGUAUCUCAAUCUUUCAAGUACGUUCUAUAACUAUUCAUUUGUGGGAGAGAUUCCCUCAUCUCUCGGUAACCUCUCAAACUUGAACUAUCUUGAUUUUGGACAUUUUUAUCAAUCUUCUUCUUAUUCCAAAAACUUGAAUUGGCUUUCUCACCUCUCUUCCCUUACAUACCUCAAUCUUGGAGGUGUGAAUCUUAGCAGCACAGGAGUAAGCUGGCUGCAUGCCAUCAACAUGCUUCCUUCACUCUUAGAGUUGCAUUUGUCUUAUUGUUCUAUUGAUGGAAACCAACUUCCACUCUCGCUACCCACUAAUAAUUUAACAUCUCUUUUGGUCCUCGAUAUGUCAGGUAAUGUUAUUAAUUCUCCAUUUCCGAAAUGGAUGUACAAUCUUACUAGUCUUAGAAAACUCGAUCUAGCAGAGAAUCCUUUCAGUCUCCCCCCCUCUAUUAAUGAGCUCGUAAGACUAAAAGCGCUAGAGCACCUUGACUUGGGAUAUACCGGACUGAAAGGUCAAUUACUCUCCUUUGGAAAUUUAUGCAAGCUAAAGUCAUUAGAUCUGUCCUCUAACGAAUUUGAAGGGGGGGUGGAAGAGUUUUUGAGUGGGUUUUCAAAUUGUUCAUUUAAUAGAAUGGAGUCACUAGAUUUGUCUUGGUGUGGGCUGGAAGGAAAUUUGUCUAGUUCAUUAGGAAUGCUGAAAAACCUCCAACAUCUUGAUCUCAGCGGCAACUCUUUUCGGGGAUCCAUUCCUGAAUACUUUAUCGGCAACUUAUCAGCAUCCGUCAAGACAUUGUCCUUGGGUUAUAGUGAGCUAGUUGGAUCCCUUCCUCAAAAUUUGGGACGGCUCAAUGAGCUAGUUGACCUUGAUCUUUCUGAUAAUUUAUGGGAAGGUAGUUUAACGGAAGCCCAUUUCAUGAAUCUCACGAGAUUAGAGAGACUGUACUUGAGCACAACCCGACCUGAUCCCAUCGUUUUCAAUUUGACUGAUUAUGAAUGGAUUCCUCCUUUCCACCUCCGUGUGCUUGACCUGGAGAAUUGCCGAGUAGGUCCUGGCUUCCCUCUAUGGCUUCAAUCGCAAACCCAGCUCUCAAGAGUCGGUCUUAUCAAUGCUGGAAUAUCAGGUGCAAUACCAGAGGAAUGGUUGUCUAGUAUCUCUUCCCAAAUCCAAGCUUUGGAUUUAUCUCACAAUCAAAUAAGCGGAAAGCUUCCUUUCCUAUUCAAUUUCCCAUAUCUGUUCAGCAUCGAUUUCAGCCACAAUCAAUUUGACGGCACCAUUCCAUCAUCUAUCUGCAGCAAUAUUCCAACUCUAUGGGAAUUUUCUCUGGAUAACAAUCAGUUAUCCGGAGAAUUUCCGAAAGAAUGGAGUUUGUGGAGCGACAUAGUAUAUGUGGACGUCUCAAACAACAGUCUGUCUGGUAAUAUUCCGACCUCGAUGGGUGUUCCAAGUUCUCUACUAGUACUGAAGGCAGGCAACAAUCAUUUUAGCGGAGAAAUUCCUUCUGCGUUCCAAAAUUGCUCAUCUUUGGAGAGACUUGAUCUUGGAGGAAACAAGUUCACUGGAAGCAUACCUUCUUGGAUUGGAUCAAAAUUAUCUGGAUUGAAUCUGCUACAAUUGCGAUCAAACUCUUUAAGUGGACAUAUUCCUCCCCAAUUGUGCAAUCUUCCAUCCCUUCAGAUCCUAGAUCUUAGCCACAAUAGAUUGUCAGGAACUAUUCCCAGGUGUUUGAAUAAUUUGACUGCUCUACUCUCUAGUGGUUCAAGUGGCUGGGUAUCUUAUGGUGUUGGAACUGAGGUAACAACCGUGACAACAAAAGGAAGAGAAAGUGAAUACUUCGAAGGAAAUGCAGGUCUUUUAACCAUUAUUGAUCUUUCGUCAAAUGAGUUAGAAGAUGAAAUUCCUGAAGAAGUAAGCAGUCUCACUGCAUUGGGUACUUUGAAUUUGUCCAUGAAUCAAUUGAGUGGAAAUAUCCCCUUUAAUAUUGGAAACUUGUUCCAUCUCGAAACACUUGACCUCUCCCAGAACCAGCUCUCAGGGAACAUUCCUCAAAGUCUCUCAAAUCUGACCUUCCUGUCUCACCUGAACUUGUCUCGCAACAAGUUGACCGGAAGGAUCCCUUCGGGCAGCCAACUCCAGACGCUCGAAGAUCCAUCCAUUUAUGAGGCCAAUCCUUCACUUUGUGGAUCUCCACUUCCAAAAUGCCCUGAAGACAACAUGCAUGAGCCUCAUGCAGAUGACAAUAAAGAUCACGAGGAUGAUGACAAUAAGCUUGGUUUCUAUACCAGUGCGGUGCUUGGCUUUAUCAUUGGCUUCUGGAGUGUUUGCGGCACACUGAUACUGAAGAAGUCAUGGAGGUAUGCGUACUUUCAAUUCUUUGAUCACAUUAAAGAGAAAGUAGCACUGGCAAUUUCCUUGAGAGUAGCUCGUCUCCAAAGAUGGUGAUCGGAGAGAGAUACAAUAGGGCUGCUGAUCGAUUUACAAUCUGUUGUAGCUAUGUAGAAUAAUGUAAGAUUCGAAGUUGGUGUUGUUAUUUUGAUAACGGCAUCAAGAUUCAUCUGCGAUGCUUUUGUUA